AUGGACGAAUUAACCACCGAUACUGUGCCCUGCUCCCCCUAUGUUACGCAGGUCACGCAGAUUGUACCACGCACCACCCUUGCUCCUCAAUCCGCCGACGUGUCUUCUCCCGUCACUCCUCGCAGUAUUGUCGAGGUGCCUGCAUCGUCACCCUUCCGGUCUAGACCCGAUGACCCCAGGUCGAGUCCCCCAAGGUCCACCGCACCUUUCGCUUCGCGGCUCGCACCGGCUGGCACCUCCUUUAGACCCCCCCCGGCAGUUCAGACAGCAUCGCGGGGCAUCAAGCGGCCCGCAGCUGAACCAGUCCUCAUCUCGUCCGACGAUGAGGAUCAGGCCAAAGCGACUAGAGGCGAGAUUCGACCAACAGCGUUUAAGAAACAUGUCUCGGCCUUCUCCUACGUUCCGGUUGACGAACUGCAGGAGAAGGUCGACUCUGUAUUCGAUGCACUGAGCCAUACCAUCCCUAGGCGUCUUUGCCGGGAGGCACUGGCAGCUUGUCAGAACAAUGUCAACGAUGCGAUUAACUAUCUGGUCGAAGGCAAGCAUCUGAACAGGCUGAAUUUUGUGCCCAAUAAAUCCAGCUCCUCCCACCUAAAAACCUCAGAGUCUUCGAAGCCGGCAAAACCCUCCGCUCCGGUGUCCUCAAAAGUUAGCAAACAUUUCGCCUCGGCUCCCGCAAUGGAGACCAAACCGAAGCCCCGACGCCGCCUUGUGCAGGGACGACGCCCCAACAGAUCCCCGACCCCACCUUCUCAGCCCGUGGCCCAGCCCGCGAUUGAAGAUUUUGCCGACAUUGAUGAGCUAGCCCAUGAGCAUAUCCUCCUUUCUGAUGAUAAAGAUGACGACUACGACGACAUGCGAGGCGAGAUUGCUGAGUCUGCCAAGGAGAGCCUCCAGGAUAAGGCGUUGAACACUAUCAAUAUGGUUCCAAUUGAAGACCUUGCCGCCAUGACCAACAUGAAGCAAGAUGAGCUCAAGGCAAUUGUCAGCAAGAGGCCGUUUCAUGAUAUUCCUCAAGUGGAGCGGGUCACGGUCCCAAAGAAAGGCAGUCGCAAGUCUGCCAAGUUCGCUAUCGGCGAGGUCCUGGUGGAAGCAAUCAUGGAGUUCACCAAGGCCACAAAUGCUAUCGACGACGUCGUGGCUGAGUGUGAGCGCAAUGCCUCGCGCGUCAAAGACGAGACGAGCCAGUGGGAUCUGGAUUUCAAGGGCCAGAAACGCAGCGUUCCGCCCGUGUCCGACCCGGAACUUCCCCUGACGCCGAAUAGCCUCAAGGGCCAGAAGUACAUGGACCCUCCUAUUCCCCGCCAGCCUCGGCUCAUGGAUGGUCACUGCGAAAUGCGUCCUUUCCAACUGUACGGCCUCAACUGGAUGUCGCUCCUCUACAAGAGCCGUUACGGCUGCAUCCUCGCCGAUGAGAUGGGCUUGGGCAAGACGUGCCAGGUCAUUUCUCUCGUUGCUCACUUUGUCGAGAGCUACGACGAGGACAGAGAUGCUGUGCGUCCUUGGCCCAAUCUUGUCGUUGUUCCACCGUCCACUCUCUCCAAUUGGGAGGCAGAAUUCGAAAAAUUCGCCCCAGAUCUGUCGGUUCUUGUCUAUCAGGGACCUCGCCGGCAGGACAUCGCCGAAGAGAUGCUCUCGGAUCCCGAGCAAUACCACGUUGUCCUUACUAGCUACUCGCAAGUUGGGAAGGAAGAAGACAUUGAAGCUCUUGCCGAGCUCCGGCCGAAUGCGGCCAUCUUUGACGAAGGCCACAAAAUGAAGAAUCCGAAGACCAAGAUCUACAAGGACCUCAUCCGGAUCAAGGCACAGUGGCGGAUGCUUCUCACGGGCACGCCGGUGCAGAACAAUCUGAUGGAGAUGCUCGCACUCCUGAACUUCAUCGACCCCAAGAUGUUCAAACCGCACAUGGAGCACCUACAGUACAUGUUCAGCCAAAAGGUGACGUUUCGGGACGUCAACAACGGUGCGUUCCUUUACGGCGAGCGGGUCAACCGCGCUCGCAACAUUCUCGAGCCGUUCAUUUUGCAGCGACGCAAAUACCAAGUGGUCACGGACAUGCCGGCCAAGGUAUGCAAUGUGGUAUACUGUGACCUCGCCCCCGCGCAGAAGGACCUUUACGAGAGCUACGAGAAGUUAUUCAAGUCGGAACCCAGCACGCGGAACAAGGCCAACGCCCGGCAGAAUGACCAGAACAACCCCUGGAUACAACUGCGCAAGGCGGCCGUCCACCCUCAACUAUUCCGUCGAUAUUUUGACGAUAAGAAGGUCGAGGCCAUGGCCAAGGUCCUAAUGAGGAAAGUCCCGCAAACAGAACUCCAACAGCCACAUCUCCACCAUCUGAUCGGUGAAUUGAAGAAUUGCUCCGACUUUGAGCUUCACUUGUGGUGCCGGGACUACCCUUGCCUGGCGGAGUUCGACGUACCUGAUAGGUCGUGGAUGGAAAGCGGCAAGGUUACCAAGUUGCUCGAGUUGAUUCACAAGUACGAACAAAACGGAGACCGCGUCCUGGUUUUUAGCAAGUUCGCCAAGGUGAUUGAGAUUCUCCGCGAGGUGUUGUUCAGCGACGGAGUCAAGCACUGCGUCCUCUACGGUGCGACCAGCGUUGACGAGCGACAAAAUCUCAUCAACGAGUUCAACGAGAACAAGGAUAUCACCGCAUUUCUCCUGACGACGGGCGCGGGAGGCACGGGCAUCAACCUGACGUCGGCAAACAAGGUCAUCAUCUUCGACCAGUCGGACAAUCCCCAGGACGACAUCCAGGCGGAGAACCGAGCUCAUCGUCUGGGGCAGAAACGAGAGGUCGAGGUGAUUCGCCUCCUAACGUCUCACACCAUCGAGGAGCUCAUUUACAAAGCUUGUACCAAGAAGGUCGAGCUGGCCAACAAGGUCACGGGCGCCACAGAGGAAGAGAUGUCGAAGAAUGCCGAGGCCAACCUGGAGAAGGAGGUCCGGAAAAUGAUGAAGGACCAGUUGACGCCUCCCUGA